AUGAUGAACAGGUUGACUGGGAAGAGGUGGACGUGGAAGAAAUUCAUGGUGGGCGACUGGACUCAGAAGAUACCACUGGCAAGGUUGGAUUUGAUCUCGUUCUAUCGAAGGCUGGAGAACAACGAUCUACCAAGAAACGUAGCGCCAAUAGCGCCUUGGAGCGACAAAUUCGCCAUGAAGUCCAUCGCAUGCACACCAUCACCCUGCUUACUGCUGGCGUCUUGA